AUGUCGACAUCGGGGCAGCCUCAGUUCAGGUACACGCAGACGCCAUCGAAGGUGCUCCACUUGCGGAAUCUUCCGUGGGAGUGCACCGAGGAAGAACUUAUCGAACUUUGCAAACCCUUCGGCAAAAUCGUUAACACCAAGUGCAAUGUCGGUGCCAAUCGGAACCAGGCCUUUGUCGAAUUCACAGAUCUUAAUCAGGCCAUCAGCAUGGUUACUUAUUAUGCUUCGUCAUCAGAGCCAGCACAAGUUCGUGGUAAAACUGUGUAUAUUCAGUAUUCAAAUAGGCAUGAAAUUGUAAACAACAAAGGUCCAGGAGACAAUCCAGGCAAUGUCUUGCUGGUAACUAUCGAGGGCGUAGAAGCUGGCGAUGUCAGCAUUGAUGUUAUUCACUUGGUUUUCUCAGCUUUUGGUUUUGUGCACAAGAUUGCUACUUUUGAAAAGGCUGCAGGUUUUCAGGCAUUGAUCCAAUUCAGCGAUUCUGAGACUGCAUCUUCAGCCAGGGAGGCAUUAGAUGGAAGAAGCAUACCCAGGUACUUACUGCCUGACCAUGUGGGUUCAAGCUACUUGCGUAUCUCAUAUUCUGCCCACACAGAUUUGAACAUUAAAUUUCAAUCCCAUCGGAGCAGGUUUCAUCAGUAG